UGUCGAAUUGAUAUCUCGUUACUGUACAUGAAGCAAUUUUUAAUAGAUUAUUUCUUUUCUCUGUGAUGCGAUAAUUAAUGCGAUUAGUGUGUUUUAUUAAUAUUUCCUGAUUAUUUUGACACUUGGUAACGCAUUUUCUCCGGAUAAAUAUAAAAUUUUUGAUCUUUAAAAUAUUUAAUUAAUAUAUCGGUCGAAUUGGUAGAAUUUUUCCUGGAAAAAUCAAUUCCUAAGCAUUAAAAGCUGAAAAUCGAUUUAGUCUAAUCUCAAGAAAACGCGCCAGUUUUAUAAAAGAGCAGGCGCUUAGAGAGGAAUUUACAAGAUGACAGAAGACGACAUUUUAAACAUAAGCAUGAGCAUUGAGAAAUUGAACGCGAGCAAUAUAAGCUGCGAAAAGUGUGAUCCCGAUUUCGAAUACAUACCGUUGAGUGAACGACCCGAGACUUAUAUCGUACCCCUAGUGUUUUCUCUAAUUUUGAUUGUGGGUGUAGUAGGAAACGGUAUCUUGAUUCUUAUUCUACUAUGUAACUCCAAUAUGAGGAAUAUACCAAAUACUUACGUCUUAUCUUUGGCUUGGGGCGAUUUAUUGGUGAUACUAAUUUGUGUACCUUUCACGUCUAUUGUUUAUACUCUUGAAUCAUGGCCGUGGGGCAUAACUAUAUGCAAAUUAUCCGAAUUUGCUAAAGACAUUUCGAUCGGUGUGUCAGUAUUUACUCUAGCAGCUUUAUCAGCCGAAAGAUAUUGUGCUAUCGUGAACCCCAUUCGUCACCACGUAGCGAAUUUAAGCGCAAAGCGACUAACCAUCUUAACGACACUCCUCAUCUGGAUCUUAGCGAUUGCUUUAGCUAUGCCUGCCGCUGUCUUCUCUCACGUUCCGUCUAUAAUGAUAUAUGACAACUACAGCAUUUUAAUUUGCAAUCCUUACCCCGACGAGUAUGGAGACACCUACAAAAAAGGCAUGGUAAUGUUUAAAUUUCUGGCAUAUUACGCAAUACCGCUGUGUGUGAUAGCUGGUUUCUAUCUGGGCAUGGCGCGGCAUUUAACAUUGUCCACCAGAAAUAUACCAAGUGAACUUCCAGAUUGUGAUCAUCAUCUGGAACAGAUAAGAGCGCGCAGAAAGGUGGGCAGAAUGGUAGUGUGUUUCAUAAUCAUUUUCGUGAUUUGUUUUCUGCCAUAUCACGUGUUCAUGCUGUGGUUCCACUUUUGCCCUUCGUCGCAGGACGACUAUGAUUAUUUCUGGCACAUCUUCAGAAUAAUCGGUUUCUGCCUAAGUUUUAGCAAUAGCUGCGUUAAUCCGAUUGCUCUGUAUUUAAUCAGCCGCACGUUUCGACAAAGGUUUAACAAAUAUUUGUGCUACUGUAUACCGGGUGGCUCGGCUAUCUGCGGUAGAGAUCGAAGGGAAAGGAGAAUCCGUAGUAAUGGUAGUUCCAUAAGAAAUCGGGGUAAUAUGCAGGGCACAUUUUGUGAAACUAGUUUUGGUUCCACCUUUCGAAAGCGUACGCAGGAGUUUAACUCGACCGGGGUAUUCGAGAUGGGCAGCAUAGAAACGACUAAAUCUAUCCCGAGCGAUCGAAACUCGUUAUUUCGUAACAUUAAGUUGAAUCGGAUUAUAAUGAAGAGAUAUUCAUCGGCACCGUGUUUAGAAGAUGUUGGUAGUGAGUUUAAAAGAACAAAAGGCAUUGGAGAAUAUGCGGAUCCAAAUACAAAGGAAUAUCUCCAAUUGGCUUUAAACAGAGUCCUAGAAUUACAACAAGAAAUCAAGGACGGCACAUAUGUCGCAGAAACUAAUAACGAUAACGAUGAUCUGGACAUGUCGGACAAUGAAGAAGAUUUAACUAAAGAAAUUCUUGUCAAAGUAUUUCAAGAUUUACCCGGAACAUCCAGUUCGGUCGCUAAAAUAGUAGAUAGAGAAAUGCGCUGCAAGAACCGUAUGAACGCAAUUCAUAGUAGCAGAAUACAAUUACUAGGUUUCGAUACUUGUCGAAGAAUGGCUCUUGAAUUCAUGAAGACCAUUAUGCGGGAAUCGCGAAACAGAUCCUCCUCAUUAAAUACGGCCAAAUUCAACGAUUUAUCGUUCCAACAGAACGAAUUGUUGUAUUCGAGAGAUAGGAUUCUAGCCAGCGAUUUGCGUAAACGAGAAUCCAACGUGCAAGAAAUACGGACGAGAAUGUUGAGAAGUCUGGAUUUGCAUUUGGCCGUCAAACAAAGAGACUACACAGCCAAAUUAAUGAGAUCGGGUAUAUAGUGCUGCGUAUGACAUUCUUGAAUAGAUAAGUAUAAAGGAGGAAAUCUCUAAAUUAUAUUCUACAGCUGCAGCAUGUGCCGCAUUGGUAUUAAGAUAAUGAUAAUUUACAAAGUAUAUUUUCUCCCAAGACAUCUCUACUUACUAAAUAUUAUUAGUACUUUUUUCAUACGUGAUAAAAAGCCGCCUAAAAGAUAUCGUAUCUAUGCAGUACGCAUUUAUGAAAACCUAUCUAGUCAUCCACUAUUACUAGUCAUUACGUGCAUGAUUAUUCUAUAAAGCUGAUUAAUUAUUUUAGAUAUUAUAAAUGCAUUAU